AACAUCGAGUUGAAGGUCGAGGUGGAAAGUCUGAAAAAUGAACUUGAGGAGAAGCAACAACUUCUGGACAAAGCUCUGUCAACAGCAGAGAGCCUGUCCAAUCAGAAUGAAGCAGAGCUGCAGCGCCACCUGGCGGAUCGGCAGGAGGAGAUCAGCCACAUGCAGGAAAUCCUUGAAACCAAAGUUCAGCUGCUACAAGAGGAGGCCGAGCUGGCGCGAGGCGAGGCCGAGCGGAUGGCCGAGCUGGCGGACUCCGAGGCCCAGCGCUGCCUGGCCCUGGAGAGAGAGAUGGUGGAGAGGAUGGAGGAGAGCGGAGGCUCAGGUGGACUGCUCACCCAGCAGGCCCUGGCCCACAAAGACAGGGUGAUCGAGGAGUUGACGCAGCAGAAACAUUCGCUGGGUCUCCGGGUCGAGGAGCUUGAGGUCAAAGUCCACAAUCUUUCCUCCACUCUCAAGAAGAAAGGAGGAGAAGCUGAGGGUGAUGGCGAGCGCCGAGUCCACGCACAUAUGCAGAGGCUGAUUGAUGAGCAGCAGGGUCAGCUCAGCCAGUAUGAGAGCGCUGCAGGUCAGUGUGUCGGUGAGCUGCAGAAGGCCCAGGACCAGGUCCGCUCGCUCCAGGCCAAGAUCAGAGAGAGCGAGACCAGGAACCAGAAGCUGCAGGAGCGCCUCGGUGAGAUGGAGUUGGAGCUGCGUUCGGCCCAGGAGGAAGCCCAGCGACAGGAGAGAAACAUCCAGAACAUCACUGAUACCGUGAACUCCAAGGAUGCACAGGCUGCAGAGCUGUAUCGGGUGAUUGAGGAACAGAAUAAGAUGCUGUGUUCUCUCAAAGAACUCGCCAACCGCAACCAGCUGCAGCAGCUGCAGGUGACCGGGGCAGAGAGUAUUCGAGGUCAGGGUGAGGUCCUGGCUCUGCAGGCGUCUCUCUUCCAGGCUCAGCUGGAGCUGCAGGCCGGUCAGCGGGCGCAGCAUCAGGCGGCCAGGACGCAGGAGGACCUGAGCCGAGCCCUGCAGAGACUGGAGAAAGACCUGCAGGGGGCGCUGCAGCACAGGAGGGAGACAGAGAGACACAACCAGGACCUGCAGCUGGCUCUGGAGAAGGCUCGGUCAGCCCUGCAGGAGAGAGAGGAGCAGCUGAGAGAGCGCGAGCAGGAGAGGCAGAGGCGGGACGAGGAGAGAGAGAAGACCAUCAGAAAGCUGAGGACGUCCCUGCUGACCAAAGAGCAACUGAUAGAGGACUGUGAGCUGCUGGAGGAUCCGAAGGAGAAGAGAGACUCUCUGCUUCAGAAACUCCGCCAGCGUAUCAAAGAGAGAGACCGAGCUCUGGAGCGAGCGGUGGACGAGAAGUUCCGCUGCGUGGAGGAGAAAGAGGAGGAGGCUCGUCGGCUUCAGCUGCUGCUCAGAGAGAAGGAGAGAGACCUGGAGAGGCAGCGCUGCGUCCUGGCCAACAACGAGGAGACCAUCACUAGCCUCGAGGUGCUGGUGCGAGGGAAAGCUCUGGAGCUGGAGCAGGUGUGCGACGCCUGCAGGAACGUCCAGCGGCAGCAGCAGGACAGCGAAGACAGACAGAGCCGCAUCCUACGAGAGAGAGACGCCAUCAUCGGUCAGCUGCAGGCGGCGCUGCACGCUCGCACGCAGGAGGCCCAGGACCUGCGCUGCUCCCUACUGGCUCAGAUCCAAUCAGCUCCCAGCGACGUCCUGGAGGAGCUGAAGGUCCGCCUCCAGCUCAAAGACCGCCUCUUCCAGGAAGUGCUGGCCGACCGCACGCACCAGGCCCAGGAGCACCAGGAGCAGGUGCAGGGUCUGCUCAGAACCAUCAGCUCCAGGGACCAGUACAUCCAGGACUCCGCGAGCCGCCACGGGGAGGUGAUGACGGAGCAGACGGCGAGGCUCCAGGAGCUCCGCAGGCAGCUGAGCUCAGCUGUCGGGUCGAGGCCUGAUCCCGGAGCAGACCUGGCUGUGGAGCUCCAGGCCGUGCAGGAGGAGCUGCGUCUGGCUCUGAGGAGGGAGAAGGAGAGCCAGGAGCUGAGCUGGAGUCAGGCUACCAGGGUGGACUCCCUCACCAGGACCCUGCAUGUGAAGGAGGAGAUCAUCAGGGACUUCCAGAGGCAGUUGGUGGAGCCCUCAGGUCUCCCGCUGGUGGAGCGGUUGACCCAGGAGCUGAGGGAGCUGAGGGAGAGCCUGGGGCAGCAGGACGGUCCCCCAGCCAGAGGCCCCAUCCCGGGCCGCGACCGGCCCAACAGCAGGCAGCCUGAGUUUGGAGAACUGAGCUCGGAGGACGAAGAUGAGGACGAUCUGAACAGCGAGUACACUGAGAGUGUUGAUGAAGAGGAGUCCAAGGCCUCUGGAGGGACGGGAAAGGAUCCGUCCCAGGAUCUGUUAUUUGAAGGUCAGGGACUGAUGGAGGUCAAACAGCUGGUGGAGCAGAAGAGGGCGGUGGAGAGAGAGCUGGGAGAGCUCAAGGCUCAACUGGAGAAGGCCGGCUUCUCCUCUCUGUCACAGAUGAGGUAGGACGGUCACUCAAACGA